AUGUGUGACCCAGAUUCAAUUGUCAUCAGCCCCAUCGCGAGCAGCCUCUUAGUUAAGAUACGGUUGUUGUUGAUGAUAGUAGAAGACGUAUCAUCAUUAGCAAAGGUGAAGGAUGACUUGGAAAAGCUUUUACGAGCCUUAAUCCCAUUCAAAGCAGAACUGAUGGAUAAGGAGGACAUGCAAGAGGCUGAUCCACUCUUGAAAUAUUCGCUGGGAGAUCUUCAAGAUGCAGCUUCGGAUGCGCAAGAUGUAUUGGAGGCUUUUUUAAUUAAAGUUUACAGGAGCGUUAGAAGAAAGGAACAGCGGCAACAGGUAUGUCCAGGUAAAGCUUCCCUUCGAUUUAAUGUUUGCUUCCUUAAGAUCAAGGACAUCGUAGCCAGGAUAGAUUUGAUUUCACAAACGACACAAAGGUUAAGAUCUGAAUCUGUUGCAAGGCAAAAGAUUCCCUACCCACGGCCUCUACACCAUACAAGUUCUUCUGCAGGUGAUAUUGUUGGUAGGGAAGAUGAUGCAUCUGAGAUAUUAGAUAUGCUUCUAUCCCAUGAAUCCGACCAGGGAGAAGAGUCCCACUUUUCUGUCAUUUCCAUAAUUGGGAUGGCUGGUCUGGGCAAAACAACUCUUGCUCAACUCAUCUUCAAUCAUCCUAAAGUAGUCCAACAUUUUGAUUGGAGGAGCUGGGUUUGUGUCACGGUUGAUUUUAACUUCCCUAGAAUUCUUGAAGGCAUCAUUACAUCUCUCUCCCACAUGAAUUGUGAACUUGGAGGUUUAUCUACAAGCAUGCUAGAGUCUCGUGUUGUUGAAUUGUUGGCUGGAAAAAGAUUUCUAAUUGUCCUAGACGAUGUUUGGACUGACAAUUACUUUCAGUGGGAGUCGCUUGAGAAAGUCUUGAGGCAUGGGGGAAGAGGAAGUAGAGUCCUGGUUACCAGCAGAACAAUUAAAGUUUCUCAUAUCAUGGGCACCCAAGAUCCUUAUCGCUUGGGCCUUCUGUCCGACAAUCACUGUUGGGAGUUGUUCAGAAGAAUCGCUUUUAAACAUUGUAAGAUGGCAGAUAGAACACAGGGGGACCUUCAAAAAAUUGGUAUGAAAAUCGUAGCCAAGUGCGGAGGUUUGCCUUUGGCGGUGACGGCAUUGGCAGGCCUGUUGCGAGGCAACACGGAUGUAAACAAAUGGCAGAAAAUCUCAAAGAAUGAUAUCUGCAAAGCAGAGAAGCAUAAUUUUUUGCCUGCCCUAAAAUUGAGUUAUGACCAUCUACCUUCUCAUAUAAAGCAGUGCUUUGCGUACUGCUCCUUAUUUCCCAAGGCGUAUGUGUUUGAUAAAAAAGACUUGGUCAAUUUAUGGAUGGCAGAAGAAUUCAUUCAAUACACUGGACAAGAAAGCCCAGAGGAAACCGGAAGUCAGUAUUUUGAUGAGUUGUUAAUGAGGUCCUUCUUUCAACCUUCCGAUGUUGGCGGUGACCAAUAUAGGAUGCAUGAUCUUAUCCACGAGUUGGCACAGCUAGUUGCCAGUCCACUUUUCUUGCAAGUGAAAGACAGCGAGCAGUGUUAUCUACCUCCGAAAACCCGUCAUGUGUCACUGCUGGACAAAGAUAUAGAGCAACCUGUUAGACAGAUUAUUGAUAAAUCUAGGCAGUUACGUACACUUCUGUUCCCCUGUGGAUACUUGAAAAAUAUUGGGAGUUCUCUAGAGAAGAUGUUUCAGGCUUUGACAUGCAUCCGGGUGUUGGAUCUGAGUUCAAGCACAAUCUCCAUAGUGCCAGAAUCAAUCGACCAGUUGGAGCUGUUGCGCUACCUGGACCUCAGCAAAACUGAAAUCACUAGGCUUCCCGACUCCUUAUGUAACCUCUACAAUUUGCAAACGCUGAAACUCUUAGGGUGUCUUUCACUUUCCCAAUUGCCCAAGGACUUUGCCAACUUGAUCAACCUGCGACAUCUGGAGCUAGAUGAAAGGUUCUGGUACUCAUGCACCAAGCUGCCACCUAGGAUGGGGAGCUUAACCAGCCUGCAUAACUUGCAUGUGUUUCCAAUUGGCUGUGAGAACGGUUAUGGCAUUGAAGAACUAAAGGGUAUGGCCUACCUUACAGGAACGUUGCACAUUUCAAAGCUUGAGAAUGCAGUGAAAAAUGCAGUGGAUGCAAUGUUGAAGGAGAAAGAAAGCCUUGUGAAGCUUGUUUUAGAAUGGAGUGACCGAGAUGUUGCUGGGCCCCAAGACGCAGUUACUCAUGGGCGGGUGCUUGAAGAUCUACAGCCUCACUCAAACCUCAAGGAGCUCCGCAUUUGUCACUUCAGGGGUUCCGAAUUUCCACAUUGGAUGACAAAUGGGUGGCUUCAAAAUCUGUUGACUCUUUUCCUAAAUGGUUGCACAAACUGCAAAAUUCUCUCACUUGGUCAGUUACCCCACCUUCAACGGCUCUACCUUAAAGGAAUGCAGGAGUUGCAGGAGGUAGAGCAAUUGCAAGACAAAUGUCCCCAGGGUAAUAAUGUUUCCCUGGAGAAACUAAAGAUUCGUAACUGCCCAAAGCUAGCAAAGUUACCCUCUUUCCCUAAGCUAAGAAAAUUGAAGAUCAAAAAGUGCGUUUCCCUGGAGACUCUUCCAGCAACCCAGUCUCUGAUGUUUCUGGUACUCGUGGACAAUCUGGUUCUACAAGAUUGGAAUGAAGUGAAUUCUUCCUUUUCUAAGCUAUUGGAAUUGAAGGUUAAUUGUUGCCCAAAGCUGCACGCACUGCCACAGGUCUUUGCCCCACAGAAGUUGGAAAUUAAUAGGUGUGAAUUAUUGAGAGACCUUCCAAAUCCGGAGUGCUUCCGACAUCUUCAGCAUUUGGCAGUUGACCAAGAAUGUCAGGGUGGAAAACUAGUGGGGGCAAUACCGGACAACAGUUCUCUAUGCUCUUUGGUAAUUUCCAACAUCUCAAACGUCACCUCCUUCCCAAAGUGGCCUUAUCUUCCCCGUCUCAAGGCCUUGCAUAUUCGGCAUUGCAAAGAUCUAAUGUCUUUGUGUGAAGAAGAAGCACCAUUCCAAGUCGUUGCCCGAGCCUUGAGUCCCUUGGCCCAAAGGAUGUGCUGA